AUGCGAGAAAUGCUCCGCACUGUUCUGGGUGGUGAACGCCGACCCGCUGGAUCAUCGCGUCUCGCUCUAGCUAUGAUUCAAGGCUGCAUUCUUUCGCAAUUAGGCCAUCGCAUAGCGGCGCGAGGUACUGGACGCGUCUCUGAAUUAACAACAUCAGAACGCGCUCUGCGCCUAGGAGUGCCUUUAGCACCAGUCACUUUCCGUAGUCGCUCCAGGAAGGCUGCUAUCACUUUCACUGUCGUUGGUAUUGUUCUUAUACCAUCUAAUCUCGUUGCUGUGUAUCUAGAGAAAGAGGUGGUGAGUCUACCAGAGUUGGGUGCUACGAGCUAUACAAAGAAGUCUGAGCUAGAGGCACCAGCUUCGUGGUACCCUCCAUCUGCACGCACACCUGUUUGCCCUGUUUGCCCUAUUGCCCUGUGCAGUUUUCUUGGCGAAUUUUUGAUGCAGUGCCUGACAAAGAACCUCAGCUCAGCACAGCUUUAUUCUUACGCCAGCGCAAAGCUAAUCACUUAUAAGGAAGUCCAUUGUCACGAUACAGGCAUCCUUCUAGUUCUCAAAAUGCGCGAGGUCACCAUGUCUUCGACCAUCUAUACCGGCUGCGGCGAUAGAGUGGACAGGGAAAUGAGCAGGCAGGGUUGCAACAACCCAAGUAGGGAGGGCCAUCAGAUCGCAUAUAAUUGGCUGGGUUCUGCUAGGUUACCUGGAAACAGUGGUCAUUCUCACCCUUAUUGCCACAAAGUGGUAAAUGAAAAGAGUGUGUCGCAGUCGCUCGCAAAAUCAGAUCUCUUGGCAUCCGCCUCAGCGCCUUCCUGGCUAAACUCCUGGAUUGCUGGUUAUAGAGGCCUGAGAGUGGAUGAAGCCCGAUGA